AUGCAUCUCUCACACAUUACAUCGGCUAUUGCUAUUCUUUGCGUUCUUACCCUCUCAUUUGCUUCUGCCAUCGAUCGAUUCGACACCUCUUCGGGAACGAAUAAGAAGAUUUUACUUGGAUCCCGGGGUGAUUCGACGUUUAUCACCAAUAUUAAAUAUUCAGAGUUCUGUUCGAAGUCCGCCGAGCAGCCAAGUGCAUGCAUGGUCGCGUAUGGUAUCACGAAUAUUGGACAUAAAGACGACACCCCUAUUGAAGUGGGCACAUUUGCUUUCCCAUGCCCAGCCAAUACUCUGAAGAAGUUCAACCAUGAGAAAUCAACAAAAUACUAUGGUCUCAAUCAAGCAAUCGGCUUCACAACCUUUUCAAAUACCGCGAAAGAAGAUUACAACAAUGUCAUACUAAAUUUUGAGAAGUACGGACCUUUGAAAGGAGACGUACACGCUCCAGUCUUGAGCAUCGACGGUCACCAGUUGCCCGUUACAAAUAUAACUCGUGUAGCCAAGACCUGGCCAGCUGCCGGUGAUCAUUUGAUAUGGGUGGCUAGCUAUCCUUGCAAGAAGUAA